CUGCAAUUAGCUCUUUCAAUCGGCGAUCCUAACAAAGCAUGUUAAGACCAAAUUAAGAAAAACAAAUCAUAUUAAUCACAUCUAGUUUCAACACUAAAAGCCAAAUUACAACUUUUAAUUAAUUAGACUUAUAAUCGCAUGUUAAUCCCGUUUAACCAUAGUGGAUUAGUUGACCGGCCAUGGCCAAGCUCGACUACCCGUUCUUCAUCCCAAUUGGUACCAAGAUCAGUAUGUUAAAUGCUCUCCUCCCACUAAGCUAAUCACGAAAAAACCCUCCAUGGAUUUCAGUAUCAAACCACUGCUCAGCUUCCUUCUAUCCGUCUACUGUCAACUCAUUCUAUCGUCGGCGGCGAAGAAUCCAUGGAUUCAGGCCGGAUACUGGUCGUCGGACCGAGGCUUCCCCGUAUCCAGCAUCGACACUUCCUCAUUCACCCACCUCAUCUGCGGCUUCUCCACCGUCGACCCUUCGUCGUUUCAGCUCACGAUUCCUCCUUCCGACGCGCCGUCGUUUCACAACUUCACCUCCGCCGUCCGAUCGAAGAACCCAUCGAUCACGACCCUCCUUUCUAUCCGAUGCAACGCCACCAAUUUCGACAUUUUCUCUUCUAUGCUGAAGAAUUCUACUUCGCGGGGAUUUUUCAUCAACUCCUCCAUCGAUACAGCUCGCCAGCUCGGGUUCCAGGGGCUCGAUUUCGCGUGGUCGUGCCCCGGCAAUCGCCGGUCGGUGGCGAACAUCGGGGACCUUUUCGACGAGUGGCGGGCUGCAAUUGGACGGCAAGAGAAACGAAGUAGCUCGACUGAAAGAACGAGGAACGAUACUCUGCUCUUGACAGCUACGCUGUCGUUUUGGCCGAUUCCCGUGGUGUCGGCGAACCGGAGCCUGGAUUGGGUGCAUCUGAGAGCAGGCGAGUACCAUACGCCCAAAUCAGACAACUUCACGGCGGGUCACGCUGCCCUCUACGACCCGGCCGGCGGGACGGAUUCCGGGGUCAAGGAGUGGAUAGGGAAGGGACUUCCGGCGAGCAAGAUGGUCCUUUGUUUGGCCGCGUAUGGCUACGCGUGGACGGUUCGACGAGACGCGGCGGGGAGUGAGGUCGUCGGAGUUGGGUCGCCGGCGGAAGGGCCGGCGAUCACCGGGAACGGGUUCUACCGGUACGCGGAUAUCAGGCGGUUUGUGGAGGCGAACCGGGCGCGGGUUUACUACAACGAGAGCUACGUGGUGAAUUACUGCUCAGUUGGGUCCACGUGGAUCGGGUACGAUGACGUGGAUGCCGUGAGGGCCAAGGUUGACUACGCUAGACGAAUGGGGUUGCGGGGAUAUGCCAUGUGGCAGAUACCCUACGAUGACAAUGGGACGCUCUCCCACGUUGCAGCUUCUACUACUCGGAUAGCUGUAACUCAAGGGGAAAAGAAGAAUAUGAAACCAAAGAAGCAACGACAAAUUCUAUUGUAUAUAAUCUUACCUAUUUUGCUCGGACUAUUAAUUGGCGCUGGGAUAAUGGUAUUGUUCUACCUGCGACAAAGACGUCGUCGUUCGGGAAGUUCGAUAAGAUCAUCAACAAGAGGAAAGGGAGAGAGGGAUGCGGCGUCACUUUUUGCAGGCGAGAUCGAGGAGAAGAACCCUAGAAUGGUGGUGGUGCCAUAUAGCUUCUCACAACUUGAGAAAGCGACCAAUGAUUUCUCCAUUCUAAACAAGCUUGGACAAGGUGGAUAUGGCCCUGUUUACAAGGGGGUGUUGGCCGAUGGAGUGGAGAUAGCGGUGAAGAAGUUGUCGAGAAACUCGAGCCAGGGAGACGAGGAGUUCAAAAACGAAGUGAUACUCACGGCACAACUACAACACGUGAACCUAGUCAGGGUUUUAGGGUACUGUAUCGACGAAGGAGAGCGGAUGUUGGUCUAUGAGUAUUUACCCGGCAACAGUUUGGAUCAAUACCUUUUCGAUCCAGUGAGGAGCUUGGUUUUGGAUUGGGCCACAAGAGCGGAAAUCAUUGAAGGAGUCACUCAAGGACUUUUGUACCUCCAAGAAUAUUCCGGGCAAUCGAUCAUUCAUCGUGAUCUCAAACCGGGCAACAUUCUGUUGGAUUCUGAGAUGAAGGCCAAGAUUUCGGAUUUCGGGAUGGCUAGGAUUUUGAAGAGAGAUUCAUCAGAAGCCAACACUGAACGUUUUGCUGGCACAAGAGCUUAUUGCCCUCCAGAGUAUCUGGAGAAAGGUGUCUACUCCAAGAAAUCCGACGUUUACAGCUUUGGGAUCCUUCUUCUGCAGAUCAUAAGCGGCAAGAGAUGUGUUACCCGCUAUGGCCCUCAUGGAGAUCUAGAGCUUCAUGUCUUCGCAUAUGAGAUGUGGAAAGAGGGUAGAGGGAUGGAGAUCAUGGAUCCUUCGUUGGACGACUCGAAUUCUCCUUGCAAGCUGGUGAACUGCUUGAGGAUAGCUUUGCUCUGCAUCCAGAGGAAGCCGAGGGACAGGCCGAGCAUGCAGGAGGUUUCUACGAUGCUCAGAGACCUCUACAGCAGCAGCAGUAGCAGCAGCAGUACCAGUGCAAUAACGAAUAAGAACGUCGGGAUCAAGGACGUGAGAUUCUUCACCGACAUAGCGAGUAACGAGCGAUUGGCUAGUUCUCGUGAUUAUUCGACGAAUCAGCUCACAGUUACUGAGCUAGAGGCUAGACCAUGAUGAUGUCCAGAAUGUUUAUAGCAAAUGAAAAUGUACAAUGCGU